GCCGACGCCGACGCCGACGCGUCUAAGCAAAGCCAUGGUGGAGGUGGAUCCAUGCGCGUCUCGCCUGCUCUAUAUAACACAGGAACACCGCGCGAUCAUACAUCCAUUCAUCCAAACACCUCCCACCUCGCCUCUGCCGUCCGACUGCCCUUUCUUGCGUGCUUGAUACUCGCAUCAGUCAAUCAUCAUGAGCUACCAAGCAGGCAACCCGCCGCCGGGCACAGCCGCGUACCCUCCGCCGGGGCAGCAGGCCUACUACGGUGCGCCCCCGCCGCAGGCCUACGUCGCGCCGCCGCCGGCGUACCCGCCGUCCCAGCAGGACGCCGGUGCGUACGGCCAGCAGCAGCCGGAGACCACCAGCCGCGGCGGCGACGGCUUCUGGAAAGGAUGCUGCGCCGCCAUCUGCUGCUGCUGCGUCCUCGACAUGUGCUUCUGAGGACGACGACCGGCGACGGGGAAGAGAUCCAACGCCGCCAUGGUCGACCAGGCCUCGCUGAUCGAUCGAGCUGCUCUGCUAUCUAGCUAGCUGUGUUGUUAAUUACAUUUACAUAUAUACAUCUUGAUAGAGUCAUUAGUCUUCGUUAAGCUGUUGUGGCUUGUAAUUCUUCUAUUUUUAUGAUGGAAAAUAUAUUAUAAAUAAAUGAUCCCAUGUUAUUCCAUGAUA